AUGUCCAGUAUCGUCGAUAUAUUCAAUCGUAUGAACUUGGAUGCGCCCGGAUUGGAGGCGGUCAAGGCAGCGGUCGAAGCUGGGGAUUAUCCCGUUGCCGAGACAGCCUAUCUUGCGUACUACCGUGCACGCAAGCCACCAAUCCUCGAUUGGCACACUGAGCAUCGGGGCGGACGCUCCUUUGAGACGAAUUCAACUGGCUGGAAUUUCCUGACCGCCAUCCCAGAGUUAAUCACUUGGCGAGACCGUGAGAAAGUUAAAGGGCUAAUCAGCCGUGCAAAGGGCUACACCUUCAGCCGCACCGAGGGGAUAAAGUCGUCCGAUUAUACCGUGUUGGAUCUGGCUGAUAUGCUCUUGGAGAACAAGGUCUUCAUCCCGUAUCACCCCGAAGAUGGUGUCCAAGAUCUGGGUCCCGAUUGGAAUUGGGAGCAUAUACCUCCCGUUGUUGGGCGGCGAUGGACACUGAGUCUGCCAUACCAAUACUGUCUCCGUGCCUUGGCACAAGCCUAUUGGUUGACCGAUGAUGAGCGGUAUAUCGCCAAACUGGUCAAGAUUGCGACCCACUAUGUCAGCUAUGUGGAUGGGAAGAGUUCGUGGAUCUGGAUUCCCGACAUGCAGCUCGCACGCAACUAUCAGCAACUGAUGCCCUUCAUGCUUUCUUGGGAAGGGUUGUCGCCGCACGAUUUUUGCGCGAUUCAAUCUUGGUUGUCAGGCGGUUGUGCCGUAUCAAUGGAAGCGGUGACCGGUGCACCGGGCAAUCAACUCCUGUUCAACGGCUUAGGACUAGCAUGGAUAGGCGUGGGGAUGCCGGAAUUCAAGGCUGCGGCACGGUGGCGUGAACGCGGGUUUGGCGAAGUCGAAGAGUUCUUCGGUGAAGGAGCGUUCUAUCCGGAUGGCUCGUCCAAAGAGAACUCCUACGGUUACGUCGUUGGUGCCUCCGCAGCCGGGUUGGAGGCUCUAACACUAGCGCAGGCAAAUGGAUGGAACUUUCUGAAAAAUCUGCAUCGUCCAAUGUUAUUGCGAGCUGAGUUCCUCGCCCAUACCGCUAAACCGGACGGCAGCUAUGUGUGGACUGGCGAUAGCACACGCGGCUCUGCCUUCGAUUAUGUAGAGGCAAUUGCCGACUCAGAAAACCGGGCUGACCUGCAAUACAUCGUUAGUUUUGGAGAACGCGGCACUCCCCCGCCGCGCAAAUCGUCGUGGUACGCUUACGGUGGCGUUGGCGUGAUGCGCAGCGGUUGGAAUUGUGAAGCCAACUACCUAUUUUUCGAUGUGGGACCGGUGGGCGUCCUGCACGGGCACGAAGGGAAGUUAGCGGUGGAGUUUGUUGCCUACGGUCGUUCACUGGUGGAGGAUUUGGGUAUCCAUACCUAUGCGACAACUGAACGCGACAUGAAAUUUCACGAUUUCUUCAUUGCGUCUGCUGCACACAACACAGUCAUUGUGGACGGAAAAAGCCAAGUCCGACUGAAAACGGGACCGUUCACGACCGCCCAGCCACUGUCGAACCGAUGGUUCAGCACAGCGACCUGUGAUUUCCUUUCGGGUUGCUAUACCGAAGGUUACGGGGAGACGAUGAGCGAUGAAAUUGAUAGAUCGGUGGUUCACCGCCGCAGCGUCAUUUUCAUCAAAGGACACAAGGUUGGCGAUCCAGAGUAUUGGAUCAUCACCGACCAUCUGACCGGCGAUGGUGUCCACACCUGUGAGCAGCUGUUUCAUCUCAUUCCGGUCGAGGUCAACAUCGAUCCGGAUACGAAAACUGUGCAGACGGUUACACAACACCAACCCAAUCUAGCGUUCAUCCCAGCGGUCGCCGACGGUCUUGAGGUGGAGGUUGUCGAAGGGCGUACCGAACCGAACCUUCAAGGCUGGUAUUGCGGCGGAGGUCCCCGCCCCACACCCGCUCCCUGUGUGACCUAUCGCCGAACAGGAAUGUUACCUACUGUUUUUCAGACGGUGCUCCUGCCAAUGAAAGCCAACGAAGCAGCCUCUCUCAAGGUUGAAUCGCUCGGCACUCCCGGUGACGGUUGGAUCCGUAUUACGUUCCCGGAUGGUCGGGAGGACACCUACUGUUCGUCAGCGGCAGUGGGACCUCGGCAGUUGGGAGACAUCACCUUCAUCGGAGAUGCAGCACUGAUACGCCGCGACAGCGAUGGAACGCUCUUGGAUUGGGCCGUUGUUGGCGGAGAUAACCUAGAAUAUCGUGGAGAGGUACUCCCCUCUGUCUGCGACUAA